GAAAGUUCGGAAGGAAACUCCAUAGUGAAAGAAGCGGAGUUGCUUCUCCUGAAUCCAGAAGAUACAACACAGUAAAAGACAAACAAGGGAAACAGCUCCACAAAGAAGGAGUUCUGCUCCGGAUUUGCAAAAUGAUGACCAUAUCUUUGAUCUGGGGGAUUGUUAUAGCAGUGUGCUACUCUUUAUGGAUUAUUUUUGGAAUAAGGAGAAGGAAGACAGGUGAACCACCUCUAGAAAAUGGGUUGAUCCCAUACUUUGGCUGUGCGCUGAAAUUUGGAGCCAAUCCUCUUAAUUUUCUCAGAGCAAAUCAAAGGAAACAUGGCCAUGUUUUUACCUGCAAAUUAAUGGGAAAAUAUGUCCACUUCAUCACAAAUUCCUUGUCAUACCACAAGGUGUUGUGCCAUGGGAAAUAUUUUGAUUGGAAAAAAUUUCACUACACUACUUCUGCAAAGGCAUUUGGACAUAGAAGCAUUGACCCAAAUGAUGGUAAUACCACUGAGAACAUCAAUGACACUUUCAUCAAAACCCUGCAGGGUGAUGCGUUGAUUGGUCUCUCUGAAGCCAUGAUGGAAAACCUCCAACUUGUCCUGAGACCUCCAGUCUUUCCUGAAUCCAAGAGUCCUGCCUGGGUGACAGAAGGCAUGUAUGCCUUCUGCUACCGAGUGAUGUUUGAAGCUGGGUACUUAACUCUCUUUGGCAGAGAUCUUACAAGGACAGACGCACAAAGAGCCCAGAUCCUGAAAGAUCUUGACAACUUCAAGGAAUUUGACAAAGUCUUUCCAGCCUUGGUGGCAGGCCUCCCCAUUCAUGUGUUCAAGACAGCGCACCAAGCCCGAGAAAAGCUGGCUGAGGACUUGAAGCAUGAGACCCUCCGAACCAGGGACUAUGUGUCCGAGUUGAUCCGGCUGCGCAUGUUUCUCAAUGACACGUUGACCACCUUCGAUGACAUGGAGAAGGCCAAGACCCAUCUCGCUGUCCUCUGGGCCUCACAGGCAAACACCAUUCCUGCGACAUUCUGGAGCUUGUUUCAUAUGAUUAGGAGUCCGGAAGCCAUGAAAGCAGCUACAGAGGAAGUGAAUGGAGCAUUGGCGAAUGCUGGGCAAACACUCAGCUAUGAAGGCAACCUGAUUUCUUUAAAUCAAAUACAACUGAACGACCUGCCAGUUCUAGAUAGUAUCAUCAAGGAGGCUCUGAGACUUUCCAGUGCCUCUCUAAACAUCCGGACAGCUAAGGAGGACUUUACUCUGCACCUUGAAGAAGGCUCCUACAACAUUAGGAAAGACGACAUCAUAGCCCUCUAUCCACAGUUAAUGCAUUUAGAUCCAGAGAUCUACCCAGACCCUCUGACUUUUAAAUAUGAUCGAUACCUCGAUGAAAACAGAAAGCCAAAGACCACCUUCUACAGCAAUGGAGUCAAGUUAAAGUAUUACUACAUGCCCUUUGGAUCCGGAGCUAUGAUAUGUCCAGGAAGAUUGUUUGCUGUCCAAGAAAUCAAGCAAUUUUUGAUUCUGAUGCUUUCAUAUUUUGAGUUGGAGCUUGUGGAGAGCCCUGACAAAUGUCCCCUUUUAGACCAGUCCCGUGCAGGCUUGGGCAUUUUACCACCAUUAAAAGAUGCUGAAUUUAAAUACAAACUCAAACAAUUGUGA